UCAAAAAACUGUAAAUUCCUGCAUUGUGUUAUUGUACUUGAAUGUAGAAUAAGAAGUGAGAAGUCAUGAAAACUGAUAAUCUCGACUCUCGCUGGGUACCUCCUUCCUAAGACGUUCGAUUUGCCAUGGACCUCUUCCGGGUACGUCUUAAUUGCAUCGAUCAUUAUCAAGCUACGCCAACUCAGCUUGAUCCUCAAUUGAAACGGAAUGUCCAACUUUCUGAGCUUCGUAAAGAGCCAAAAGUACCUGUCAUUAGGAUUUUUGGCUCGACUGAAACCGGCCAGAAGGUUUGCGCACAUAUCCAUGGUGCCUUCCCUUACUUAUAUAUAGAAUAUGAAGGUGCCCUCAAUUCUGACGAAGGUUUGGCUUUGUUGAUAUCCCAAGGGUUGUUCUCGUUACUGACACACCUUUAGUUGGAAGUUAUAUUCACAGACUUCAUCUUUCAAUUGAUUAUGCUCUGGCUGUGAGCUACCGGCGCAAUGCAUAUGAUGGAAAUGCCAAGUUCGUCGCACGUAUUACUUUAGUAAAAGCGGUUCCAUUUUACGGCUUCUAUGUUGGGUAUCGCUUCUAUCUCAAGAUUUACAUGUUGGAUCCCAUGGUCAUGACGCGUCUCGCGGACCUCCUGCGACAAGGAACUAUUAUGAAGCGAGUUUUUCAACCAUAUGAAGCACAUCUUCAAUUUCUUCUACAGUGGAUGGUUGACUACAAUUUGUAUGGAUGUGGAUACAUUGAUACUAGCAAGGCUACAUUUCGAGGUCCGGUGCCUCUAUAUGAGGAAAUAUCAUCGUCAAUGCAUCUUUGGCACGACCGCUCAAUAUCUGACCAACUCAUCACGAAUGACACGUUCCUACCCAGGGUCAGCCAUUGUUCAAUAGAAGUAGAUAUCUGCGUCCAAGAUAUUCUUAAUAGGCGAAAUAUCAAGCCACGUCCUCUUCACCAUGACUUCAAUCAGAACCCUAGUUCCUAUGCUAGCGACGAAAAGUUAGUACAGAGUAUGGCAGGCCUUUGGAAAGAUGAGACUCGUCGCCGAAAGUCUAAGAUGCCAAAUGUACCGGCUGGUAGCUGCCCAUUUCCGCCUGAAGUAAUGUUUUCAAUGUCAGCAGAUCCUCGAUAUUCCCAAGAUGGUGGAUGGAUGCAUGAAAACGAGUACAGGGAAAUGGUCAACACGUUGAUACAAGAAGAACGGAACAGAGGCGACACCUCGAAACCGUCUUUCAAUAAUUUCGUCAAAUCAAUACCCUUUGAGACUUUUGUUAAAACCAGCCUUGAGUCUGUGGAAGACUUGUACCCGGAAAACCUUCUUUCUGCUUUUCAAUCCGUGUAUGAGAAGCAGAAGCAUCAUUCUUUGUAUGAUACUCGCGGGGCAAGUGAGGUUGACGAAAAUCUCAUCACCGAACUUGGAAUAGACCAAGAUGGAACUGAAGACGACUAUGAUUCCGAUGAAGAUGUGAUGAGAGAGAUAGAGCUGUCCCAAAAGCGUAAAGGGGAUCAUGUAGACGAAGAAGUAUCUGAGCCUCAAACUGCUGUGACAUCUCGUGAAGAGUUUCGUAGGGAAUUUACUACAUCAGAUGAGCAAGCAGUUCAGCUUGAACAAAGCAAAACUAAUCAAAGCUUUGUACACCGUCUAAAAGUUCCCGCUACAGAAGGUCAUUACUCCUUCACAAGUGCACAAAUUAGUCAAUCGGCCGAUCGGAUUCAUUUUGGCCAUGAUUCCACUCACAAUCAUAGAGAUGAAGACCUCAAUUCCGAAGUCAAGGGAUCACAACUACAACGAGAGUUCGCGGAUGCGAAGAGACGGAGGACGAGCAUAAUGGUUCAUUCUUCACCACAAUUGUCUCCUACAACACCACCAGUGCUAAGGAAUGGCCAUACUGAGCAGCAAAGCAGUCUGGGCCUCAGAGCAUCCAGUGCUAAGUUUUCCUCUCAAGACUCGCUCAAUUUUGCUGUGGCAAAAGAUCCGCACGAUUCUAGCACAACAACGAAGCUUAGCCAGUGCCCUGGAGAUAUAGACACUCCUAUGGUAAAUAAGCACGUUUCUUUUCAUACUAUUCCACCAUCACCCGGAGACAACAUGUUUCGGACGACAAGCAUGGCAAACUAUUCAACAGUGCCGGAUCCAACUCAAAGGUUACGCUCCUCUGCACAGGACAGUCUUUUCAUGAAAAUUAAAGACGGGUUUGGAGGCGGCAUUGGGUCGCUAGUAUUAGCACACCAGCAACCUCCACCAUCAGCUCAUUUUGUUUCGUCAACGAUGUCAAACUUCAAUCUACCUACAGUUUUGUAUCAAGAUGCUUUCUAUAGUAACGAGGAAGACGUUCCUGAGCGCCCCAGGGAAUGGGCGGGCAGAGAAUUUAAACUUGGAAGCACGAGCUUACCGUUCCUUCCCGAUUUUGACCCAGCUGCGACCUCAGAUGCAACUUUUGGGCUCAGGCCAAUUGUACUUCCGGACAAAACCAAGGAUGAGGAGGUUUACCAUCAUCGCCGUCGCGAGUGUAGCCUCCGGGUUUGGACUUUUGCCGAAACACCACCCACUUAUGCGGAUGUACAUUGUUGGGCUCGCAAUGAGACGUUAAGGCCGGGGAAUAAAUCCGAAAAAUCAAAGAAAGGCACAACUUCCAAGUCGUCAGUCAGCAAUCGUGGAGAGAAGGCAAAGCUUUCUCAAAUUGACGGUCCAACUCAAAAGAAUAAGCAUGGUUUCAAGUACACACAGAAUGAAAAGACGGUCAAUAUCCAACGUGAGGCUCAAUACAUGAGUGUCAUGAGCCUAGAAGUUCAUGUUAAUACACGAGGAAGUUUUGUCCCCAACCCCGAAGAGGAUGAGAUUCAGUGUAUUUUCUUCUGCUUUCAGGCUGACGAUGAAGCCACUGAAGGUAGCCCAUCACAACUAGGGAUUGUGGUCAUGUCAGAUAACAAUAAUAAUAUCUCUGAGAGAGUAUCGAAUCAAGUUUCAUUCGAGGUGCACGCAGAAUCUUCUGAACUUGAUCUACUUAUCCGCAUGGUAGGAAUCGUGCGGGAGUACGAUCCAGAUAUCUUGACUGGCUUCGAGGUUCACGGUGGAUCUUGGGGAUAUCUUAUUGAACGAGCAAGAAUGAAAUACGACUACGAUCUGUGCGAUGAGUUUUCGCGCAUGAAAGCCCAAUCCCAUGGCCGUUUUGGCAAGGACAACGACAAAUGGGGAUUCAACAAUACAUCCACAAUUCGUGUCACCGGCCGACAUAUGAUCAACAUUUGGAGAGCCAUGCGAGCUGAACUCAGUCUCCUUCAAUACACAUUAGAGAACGUGGCUUUUCAUCUGCUCCACCGGCGAAUUCCUCACUAUACAUGGGCUGAUCUAAGGACCUGGUACACUAAUGGAACGGCUCGAGAUUUGUCCAAAGUACUCACGCACUACGUGUCACGUGUCCAACUCGAUCUGGAAAUACUUGAGCAGAAUGAAUUAAUUUCACGUACAAGCGAACAGGCACGACUCUUGGGUGUUGAUUUCUUUUCAGUUUUCUCUCGUGGUUCACAAUUUAAGGUAGAAUCUCUGAUGUUCCGCAUUGCAAAACCAGAGAACUUCAUGUUGAUAUCUCCUAGUCGAAAACAAGUUGGAGGCCAAAAUGCUUUAGAGUGUCUCCCCCUCGUUAUGGAGCCUCAAAGUGCAUUUUACAGUAGCCCCUUGCUCGUUCUUGAUUUUCAAAGCCUGUACCCUAGUGUUAUGAUUGCUUACAAUUAUUGCUACUCGACUUACCUUGGACGAGUGAUGAACUGGCGAGGCACCAAUAAAAUGGGUUUCACAGAAUACACACGGGAGGAUAAGCUGUUAGAGUUGCUGAAAGACCACACCAAUAUUGCUCCCAAUGGAAUGAUGUACGCGAAACCAAACAUCCGGAAGUCUCUCCUAGCGAAAAUGCUGGGAGAAAUACUUGAGACGCGGGUUAUGGUGAAGAGCGGAAUGAAGCUUGACAAGGAAGAUAAAGCUCUACAAAGAUUAUUGAACAAUAGGCAGCUAGCCUUGAAACUUAUCGCCAAUGUUACCUACGGAUAUACAUCUGCAUCGUUUUCUGGGCGCAUGCCAUGCUCAGAGAUUGCUGACAGCAUUGUUCAAACCGGUCGCGAGACACUGGAAAGGGCAAUUGCACUUAUACACUCGGUCAAACGCUGGGGCGCAGAAGUAGUAUAUGGCGAUACGGACAGCUUGUUUGUCUAUCUGAAGGGUCGCAGCAAAGAUGAGGCAUUCGAUAUUGGAAAUGAGAUUGCAAAAACGGUCACCAAUAUGAACCCACGUCCCAUCAAGCUCAAAUUCGAAAAGGUGUAUCUUCCCUGCGUGCUCCUAGCUAAGAAGCGAUAUGUAGGGUUCAAGUACGAAGGUAAAUCACAAAUUGAGCCGGACUUUGAUGCGAAAGGUAUUGAGACGGUACGACGUGAUGGAACACCAGCUGAGCAAAAGAUUGAAGAGAGAGCUCUUAAGAUACUUUUUCGCACAGCCGACCUCAGCCAAGUAAAGACCUAUUUUCAGGAGCAGUGCGAAAAAAUCAUGAAAGGCUCUGUGUCUAUCCAGGACUUUUGCUUUGCGAGAGAAGUCAAGCUUGGAACAUAUAGUGAGAAAGGACCACCGCCCCCAGGCGCUCUUAUCAGCACCAAAAAGAUGCUGGAAGAUGCACGAGCAGAGCCUCAGUAUGGUGAGCGAGUUCCAUAUGUGGUCAUAACGGGCGCUCCAGGAGCCCGGUUGAUCGACCGCUGUGUGGCACCCGAAGAUCUUCUCAACAGCGAUCACAGCGAAUUGGAUGCGGAGUAUUACAUCUCUAAAAACGUUAUUCCACCACUCGAACGAAUUUUCAAUCUCAUGGGUGCCAAUGUCAGAAGUUGGUAUGAUGAGAUGCCCAAAGUUCAGCGCGUUCGCCGAAUCGAGAUGAAUUUUGAUCAAGGACCGCUAAGAGAGCUAGGCGUCAACAAGAAAACGCUCGAGUCAUAUAUGAAAUUAUCUUCAUGUCUUGUGUGUAAAGACAAGCUUGAGACCGAAGGGUUUCUGUGUCCCCAGUGUCAUUCAAAUGCCUCCGAAUCCAUGCUUUCUUUGCAGACUAGGCUCAAAAUUGAGGAAAAGAAGUUUCUAGACAUACAGAGCGUUUGCCAGACUUGUUCUGGCUUAUCUCCACUGGAGGAAGUGAAAUGCGAUAGUAAGGAUUGUCCUGUAUUUUAUACGAGGGUGAGGCAGAGCAUGCGGCUGAAGACGGAAAGAGCCUUUGUUGUCCCAGCUAUGCAGGCUCUGUCGGCAACUAAUGGAACAGAGGUAGAUUUUACGGAUUUGGAGUGGUGACUAGUAGCCAUUAGAUGCAACACUAAUUUAGAUAACGACAUUGUUUUGAUAGGUGUAACUUUUUUUAAUUGUCGGCCUGCCGACACCAUAACCUUGCUGUACGCGAGGUUUACCUGGUGGGUGAUAGGAAAUGGGAAACUCGCUUAGGUGAGUCGCGAUCCUGACAAUCUGAUUGGUCUAAAAUACCCCGGUAAA